AUGGCUCCAAAAAAAACAAUUAAGAUGGAUUUAAGCACCUUUUUGAAUGAUGAUUCCUUAGGUGGUGGUGCUUGGACUGAGGAAGAAGUUGAUUUAAACAAAAUUAAUAUCAAAGUCGGUGGCGAUGAACCUUCCCCUUCUGCUGCUGCUCGUAAUAUUCCAGCAGAUGUCUCUUUAGGUGAUUGGAACCAUGGAAAAAGUUCUUCAUUAGAUCCAUCUAGAGAACACCGUGCUCCACGUACUCCACGUACCGUGUUUGCAGUUCCAGAUGAACCACCAUAUAAGGCUCGUAUUUCAAGUUUGCCAUUGGACGUUAGUGAAGAUGGUGUUAAAGCUUGGGUUGAAGACGGUUUAAAUAAAAAGGGUGCUGUUGAACUGGUUGAAAUGCCUAAACACAUGGAUGGCAAGCCAAAGGGUAGUGCCUUUGUUACUUUUUAUGAAAGAGCUGAUUUGGAAGCUGCAUUAAAGUUUAACGGUAACAGAUUAAACGAACGUAAUGUUUAUGUUGAAGUUGCCGCUCCAAGAUCUAACUUUAACGGUAGAGGUGGCAGGAGAAAUGAUGACUUUGAUUGGGGUAAUGCUAGAACUGGUACUGGCGUUUUACCAGAAAGAGAACAAAGGGAACCAAGAGAACCAAGAAGAGAGAACUUUGAUUGGGGUAAAGCUAGGAGUAGUGUUGCUGCUUUACCAGAAAGAGAACAAAGAGAACCAAGAGAGCCAAGAGAAUUUAGAGAACCAAGAGAACCAAGAGAACCAAGAAGAGAUGAUUUUGAUUGGGGGAAAGCUAGAAGUAGUGUUGCCACUUUACCAGAAACAACCCCAAGAGAGCCAAGGGAACGAAAGGAACCAAGAGAACCAAGAGAACCAAGAGAGCCAAGAAGAGAUGACUUUGAUUGGGGUAAAGCUAGAAAUAAUGUUAUUUCUUCAAAAGAAUCAGAGCCAAGGGAACCAAGAGAACCAAGAGAACCAAGGGAACCAAGGGAACCAAGAGAACAAAAACAAGACAACCUGGAUUGGCGUAAAGCCAGAAGUACUGUUGCUCAUGUACCAGCUGCUUCCCCAAAAGAAUCAAAAAAAGAUGACCUUGAUUUAGGUACUGCAAAAAGAACACAUGCUACUGUUCCUCAAAAAGCUAUAAAAAAGGAACAAAAACAAGAUGAUUACGAUUGGGGUAACAUGAGAGGCGCCAAUUUAAAUAAAACAAAUAAGAAAGAUUUUAACGCUGGCAAUAAAAAAAAUCAAAAGCAACAUCAACAAGGUUCUGAAGAAAAAAAUGAAAUGGCUGUUCAGAGUUCAUUCGCUGUUUUAUCUGUUGAAAGUGAUACUGACGAUAAAGAAGAAGAUACCCAAGAAUCCUCACAGAAAGAAGAAAUGUCUAAAAAAAAGACAGGUAAUCCUAAAGGUGAUGAAUGGGUAGAAGUUGGUAAAAAAUAA